AGGAUUAGGCGGAGAUCCGGUCUGAAUCGGCUCCAGAAGAUCCGAAAAGCAAAGUGCAGCGACUGGGAGGUGUUGCUCCAGAGCGGAGAUGUUCCGGAUCGAGGGCCUCGCACCGAAGCUGGACCCGGAGGAGAUGAAACGGAAGAUGCGCGAGGAUGUGAUUUCCUCCGUACGGAACUUCCUCAUCUACGUAGCCCUGCUGCGAGUCACUCCAUUUAUCUUGAAGAAAUUGGACAGUAUAUGAAGGUUGGGCAUCAUAUGUGAACAUACGCUAGAAGAGCCUGGUUAGAGUUUCUCCUGCCUACCUGCAAAUGAAUAGGCCCAGAAAGGUGUAAGAGACUCUUUGAUUGAAUGGACUUAAAAAUUCUACUCAUUAGGAGCAAGCUGGGCUCUGGUAACUGAUACUUAUAGCUAAAAUAUAAAAGUAUUUGGAAUGAAAAAUAUGAAAAGAUGUCUUAUGGUCAGAGUGUGCCCUUAUGCUGGUAAAAUAGUCAAGCUCUGAAUGUUGAUGUAAUUGUAAAUAAUGUCAAACUCCAUUUUCUAGCAAGGAUUGUAAGGUUAUUGUGUCUGCAAUGUCAUUGUCUUGUCAUUUCUAUUUACAUUUUUACUUCUGUCCAGAGUAUAUUUGUGAUGGGUCCCUUAUAAAUAACUAUGCUUAAUGGGAGUCAGCACAUAACCACAAAGACAUUUAAAGUGCAAGACCAUUAGUCUAUAUUUGUAAUAAAAUAUCAGAAAAUUUGA